AUGACGUCCCGCAAGACGCAGCAGGAGAUCGACAAGACCUUCAAAAAGGUCGCGGAAGGCAUCCAGACCUUUGAAGGCAUUUAUGAAAAGAUCCGAUCCGCCAACAACCCCACGCAACGAGAUAAAUUGGAAGAGAACCUGAAGCGGGAGAUCAAGAAGCUCCAGCGGUACCGGGAUCAGAUCAAAUCAUGGGCGUCUGGCAAUGAGGUCAAAGACAAGGCUCCGCUGCUGGAGCAGCGCCGUGCUAUUGAAACUUGCAUGGAGCAGUUCAAAGCCGUGGAGAAGGAGAUGAAAACCAAAGCAUACUCCAAAGAAGGUCUGUCGGCAGCAUCGAGACUAGAUCCCAAGGAAAAAGAGAAGGUGGAGGCAAGCGACUUUCUGUCAGGUAUGGUCGACGAACUGCAGCAGAAGAUCGAAGCUAUGGAGGCAGAGGAGGAAACGCUCCACGCGCAGAUGAAAAAGAGCAAGAAAGACACCAACAAGGCCAAUCGACUGGCGGACAUUCAGCGGGUCACGGAACGGCACAAAUGGCACGUCGGCCGAUUGGAACUGCUCAACCGGUCGCUACAGAACGGGAAUAUCGAGACGCAUCAGGUGCAUGAGCUCAAGGAGAGCAUCAAAUACUACGUGGAAGAUGGCCACAACAUCGACUUUUCUGGGGAAGACGAGACCCUGUAUGAUGAUCUGAAUCUGGAUGGGGAUGCUGAGAUUCAGUUUGGCAUGACCGGCGACAAUGACAAGGUGUCGUCGCAGGACGCCCAGUCACUGCAGGACGACGAAACACCAGAGCUUGCACCCAAGCCCAAAUCUAGCAAGAGUGAGCCUGCAGCUCCGCGCAGACCGUCCGCUCAGAUGAAGUCCCCGCUCCCUGUGCUUGCUACCUUGCACCCAUCCACCUCGACCAACGCAACCUCCGGCAUGAAGCCCGCACCCCCGCCUACCCGUCUGCCUGGCGAAACGCUCAAAUACGCAUCUGCUGCGGCCGCUGCUGCUGCCAGUGACAAGAACGGCGUUGGCAUCGCUCCGCUUCCCCCUCCGCCCGGUGCCAGCCCUGCGUUCCCGCCGGCCGUCCCCGUCUCCAAGGCCUCAUCCACCGCGUCCCCCAGCGUCGCGUCCGUCCAACCCGUAUCCAAACCUACGUCGACCGCGGCGGCCGCCAUGGAAGAAUCCGGUGGCCGCUCCAAAACCCCCGCCCUCAGCCCGCACGUCGCUGCCGCGAGUGCCUCAAACACGGUACCCCCCACCCCCGCGAUGGACAAAGCGACCGCCGCGUCCGCGGGGUCCCAGGGGCCGGAGACCGUGGACGGAGAGGAGGAACCCAGCGAAUCGAUUUACCAUCUGCCUCCCGGACUCCAGGAUCUCAUCCAGUCGUUUGAAGUGACCAAGGCACGAGCCAAUCAGUCGGGCAAUCACCAGUCGCCGUCGACGCAGCGCCUGCUGAACGCCUCACUGGCUUCGUGCCCCGAGCCCGUGGAUGCCGAGAAGCCGCGUCACUACAAGCCUCAGAACCCGUACAAUACACCGGCCUAUUAUCCCCAGGAGCCGCUGGCCAUCUUUGACGAUCCUCGCCUGUACGAGACGGGGCGGAUCGACACGGACACCCUCUUCUAUCUGUUUUACUACCGACAGGGGACGUAUCAGCAGUACCUGGCGGCCAAGGCACUCAAGAACCAGAGCUGGCGUUUCCACAAGCAGUACCAGACGUGGUUCCAGCGACACGAGGAGCCCAAGACGAUCACCGAGGAGUUUGAGCAGGGCACGUAUCGAUUCUUCGAUUACGAGAGUACCUGGAUGAACCGCAGAAAGGCGGAUUUCAAGUUUGUCUACAAAUAUCUGGAGGACGAAUUAUAA